AUGUCAUUGAGGUCGCCGAGGUCGCCCCAACAGAGGGGCUUCCUCCCCAUCUCGAGCGACCCGGGCACCGCCGAGAUGCAGGACAUCCCCCUGCGCACCAUCAAGUCCAACACCAGCUCGACCGGCGCCCGAAGAGUCAACACCGAAGGCAUGGACGAGAAGCAUACCCUUUUCGACAGGGCCGUCGGUGGCCCGGCCGGCAGGCGGCGCAUCCAGAAGGACCUGAAGCGCGCCGGCUCCACGGGCAUAUCCGAAGGCGCCGAGCUCAACGCCAUGGGUCGCCUCUACAAUAAGAUUGUUGGCUUCUCGGUUGUUACCCGCUACCUCGUCUACGUCCUUCCCAUCGCCAUUCUGCUCGCCGUCCCCCUCAUCGUUAUCCCCCUCACCGGCGACAAGGACCGCGUGCGAGUAGGCCAUGAGGGCCAACAUAGCUUGUUCCUGCUUUUCGUCUGGAUCGAGAUCUCCUGGCUCGCCCUUUGGGCGGGCAAGAUGGUCGCCCAUCUUCUGCCCUUUAUAUUCAUGUUCUUCUGCGGUGUCAUCAGCUCCGGCACGCGGAAAUACGCCACGGUAUUGCGCGCCCUCGAGAUUCCGCUCUCGCUGUUUUUUUGGGGUCUUGCUUCGUGGCUGUCGUUCAAGUUCAUGCUUAGAAGUGAUGGCGCGACCUACACGUGGGAGGACAUCAUGGAGCGCAUUCUGCUGUCGCUCUUCCUCUCGUCCGCAGUCCUUCUAGGAGAGAAGUUCAUUGUGCAGCUCAUCAGCAUCACGUACCACCAGCGGUCCUUUGCCAACCGGAUCCAGGAUUCCAAGCGCGAGAUUUUUCUCCUAGGUCUCAUGUACGAGGCCUCUCGGACCCUCUUCCCCAUGUACUGCGACGAGUUCGCCCACGAAGACUACAUCAUCGCCGACAGCAUUGAUGUUAUUCUUAGCGGCGGCAAGGUCAAUCCUAAGCAGGCGGCUCCCAUGAGGCUUGUUGGCGAAGUCGGCCGUUUGGGCGACAAGAUCACCUCUGUCUUUGGCAACAUCGCCUCCGAGGUUACAGGCAAACAGGUCUUCAACCCCAAUUCGGCCCACUCGGUCGUCGUCGAGGCCCUCGAGAAGAUCCGCAGCUCCGAGGCUAUGGCCCGCCGUAUCUGGAUGUCGUUUGUCGUUGAAGGACAAGAGGCUCUCUCGAUGGACGAUAUCAUUGAGGUCAUGGGUCCUGCCCACCGCGAGGAGGCCGAGGAGUGCUUCAACGCCAUCGAUGCCGAUCAGAACGGUGACAUUAGCCUGGACGAGAUGAUUCGCAAGGUUGUUGAGAUUGGCAAGGAGCGCAAGGCCAUCGCGAACAGCAUGAAGGAUAUUGGUCAAGCCCUCAUGGUUUUUGACAAGGUUCUUCUCUUUGUCGUCCUGAUCAUUGUCAUCAUCAUCUUCUUGGCCGUCUUCCAGAGCAGCCUCAUUGCCACCCUUACAACCGCUGGUACCACGCUGCUCUCGCUGUCCUUUGUGUUUGCCGUAACCACCCAGGAGUUCUUGGGUUCUUGCAUCUUCCUCUUCGUCAAACAUCCUUAUGAUGUGGGCGACCGUGUCGACAUCACGGGCCCUGAGAAGGAGCAGCUGGUCGUGGAGAAGAUUUCUCUGCUCUACACCGUGUUUACCCGCAUCGACAAGAUGCAGGUCGUGCAGGUUCCGAACAUUAUUCUGAACAACCUCUGGAUUGAGAACGUGACACGCAGCAAGGCCAUGAAGGAGGUCAUCGACGUCAACGUAUCCUUCGAUACGUCAUUCGAGGACAUCGAACUGCUGCGUCUCGAGAUGGAGAAUUUUGUGCGCUCCCCGGAAAACAGCCGCGACUUCCAGCCGGAUAUUGCUAUUGGCGUCGGUGGUGUUGGCGAUUGCGACAAGCUCACACUCAAGAUCGCGAUGAAGCACAAGUCCAACUGGCACAACGAGGUGGUUCGCGCCACUCGCCGCUCCAAGUUUAUGUGCGCCCUAGCUGUGGCCCUCAAGCGCAUCCCCAUCAACGCCCCCGGCGGUGGUGGCGAUCCGCUCGGGGGGCCUUCCAACCCGACAUACAGCGUCGCCGUCACGGACGAGUUUGCCGCCAACGCCCGCUCCAAAUCCGAGGAGGAGAAGAAGGCUAAGAAGCUGGCCAACCAGUCCGCCGAGGAUUCUGCGAACUCUGAUGCCACCGCAGCGGCAGAGCAGCGCGCUGCCGAGCACAUCAACGCGUCCAACCCUGUCGUCGAGGCUCUCGAGGACUGGGGCUACGAAAACACACUCGUCAGUCGCGAUCCCUCGGCGGACCGCAACCGCGUCGCCACAGAAGUUGGCGCCUCAUUAUCAUUGGCACACUCCACGUCCCGCUCCGACCGCCUCAGCGGCAGCGGCGGCGUCCUCAGCAACCGCGAGUCUCAGCGCGGCCGCCGCAAGGCUGGCGAGACACUCCCGCCCCACGCCCUGGACGAUAACAUCAGCAUGCCCGCUAUCCAGCUGACCCGCAGCUCCACCACGUCCACCAGCCGCGGGCCGACAGACAACCGGUCGUUUGAUGUUGAGAGGCAUGCCGGUGCUGCGGGUAUUCCGGCGCCUGCGGGGUCGCCUUAUACCACCUGGGCGGCGUACAACGCCAACGCGGGCUUGACGAGCCCCCCGCCAGGUGGUGGUGGUGCUGGCGUUGACGCGUACCCCGGAUCGCCUCCGAUGCCGCACCUUACCCUGCAGCAGCCCGGGGCGCCUGGGACGCAGGCUCAGGGCGGACAGGCUGGUACUGGGAGACCUCUGGUUGGGGCUAGGUCGAGGGCCGCCAGUGUGAGUCAGGGGCAGGGUGGUGCUGGCGCUGCAGGGCCCUCGGGUAGGAUCUAA